GCUCGACAAGGAGUCGGUGCACCUCUGCAGGUAAGUUGUUUUUUAUAUAGGCUAGUUUCAGUAGAAAAUUAGGAGACUUUGCAUGUUUUUUUAAUUCUCUUUUUAAAUCUUUAAUAAAGAGUUGAUCCUGCUUAUGAGAGAGGAGCUACAAAUUUUGUUCGGACUGUGGCUACAGCGAUGGGAGACGUUGAUAUGAUUGUUUGUCCUUGCAUUGAUUGCCGUAAUAUAGAUCGUCACUCAGGCAGUGUUGUAGUUGCUCAUCUGGUAACAAGGGGAAUGGACGACGCUUAUAAGAGGCGGUCUGAUUGGUAUCAUCAUGGAGAAUUGAUACCAAUGGCUGAAAGUGAAAGCAAUCAAAGUCAGUGGAAUGAUGAGAUUGUUGGGUUAUAUCAAGCUGCUGAAUUUUUGGAUGAGGAGUUUGCUGCGAAGCUUGAGAUUCAGCUUCUUCCCAUUGCACUUAGAGGUUUGCUACCUAAAGGUCCUAGGGUAGCAAUUAUACCGCUUGAUUCAAACAGUCAUGCUGAGACACUUAAAUGGUUGGCAUUUGGUCCACGUACCUGUGCACGGUCAUAUAGAGGAUAUAUAGUAAAUGGGCAGCGGUUUCACAUAAUAUCAGUAGAUAGAAAAAGUCAGAAUAGUGGUGUUUACUAUGAGACUACAGCAAUCUGCAGGUCUAGUGCUAAGGAUACUUCACAAGUGGUGGACUUGGUAUCAUACUAUGGGACAGUAACAAACAUUAUCUUGUUGGACUACAAUGUGUUUUAUGUCCCUUUAUUCAGGUGUCAAUGGGCAGUGAAGGGUAAUAGAGUAAAGGAAGAAGAUGGUUUCACGCUCGUUAACCUGAAUCAUAGUCAAGUUAGUUUUUCAAGGGACCCGUACAUAUUAGCCUCUCUAGCAAAGCAAGUGUUUUACUCAAGGGAAGACGAGUCAUCAAGCUGGCAUGUUGCUAUGAGAGGUCCUUCUAGAAGAUUCAGUCAGAAUGAGUUUGAAGCUGGAGAUGCAGACAUUAGUCCUUUGCCUGCAAAUAUUGACAUGGAACUAGAACCCCAAGUACAAGCUGAGCAAGAGCAGUUGAUAGACACAGAUAUUCUUAAUGCGACAACUGCUGAAUUAAACGGAGAAGAUCCUCAACUAAAGCUCAAUGAAGAAGAGCUUGAAGGUGAAGUGACGCCUAAUGACGCUGAGAAAGGUCUGAUUGAUGAAGAGCCUGAAGGUGAGAUACAAUUAUCUGAAGAUCAUGAUAACGUUGAGAGAAAGAGUAAGAGACAGCGAGGACCAACACGCAUGAAAGACAUCGCCAAGGAUCCAAAUACCAGAGUACAUGUAGAGUUCAAUAGCCUAGGAGAACCUUAUGGUAAAGGGUCUGUUAAGAUGGCAUCUUACGUUGGAGCAUUGGCAAGGUUUGAGAUAGAUGAAGAGCACCAGAAGACUGCAGUGCUUAAGCAGAUGGGAUGUCUGUGGAGGUCAUGGAAAUCCCGUCUACUCACCCAGAUUAGACAAGCCAAUACUAACCAACAGAGGAUGAAGUUGCGACCUAAGAAUGUUUCUCCAUUUGAGUGGCAUAAACUAGUCAAAAUCAAAACUAGCAAAGAGUUUAAGGUUGUAAGUGAUAGCUAUAAGGAACGAAGGAGCAAACAGAUUCCUCACACCACUAGCCGCAAAGGAAUGGUUAGACUAGCAGAAGAUAUGAGAGAGGCAGCUGAGAUUGUUAAAAGUGAUACUCCAGCAUUUGCUUGUUUUGAUGGCCAAGAUUCACUUAGCCAGCUACUAGGACCUGAUAAUCCUGGUCGAAUGAGGGCAAUGGGUAGAAACAUGAAUAAGACCAAAUUAGCAUGUUUCCAAGCGAAGAACAAGUGUAUGGCUGAAAUGGAAGCGAAGCAAACUCAUCUAUUGUUGAAGGUCAAUGAGUUAGAAGAUGUAAUUGAAAAAUUGAAGAACCAGAGACAAGAGCAUGAUGCUGCUUCAAACUCAGCUGCUAGAAGCGUAAACAAAAGAUCACAGCCUAAGUGUAUCUUGAUUGAUUGGACUGGUAAUGGUGAUGCAAUUGUUGCUGAAGGGCGUAUUAUUAUCUCUGAUCCAUAUGAGUUAGUGAAUGAUUGUCGCUUAGGCCCUUCGGAUGUCAAAGUUUUGGUUGACACUGCUACGGUACUAGACACAUAUCUUUGGAGACCUGCGCCUAACAUAUGCACAAUUGAAUCUGCUAUCGGACAGAUGAUUGUUUGGCCUGCCUCUAAGUGUGUUAACCUAGAAAAUGAGCAUGAACCAGAAGACAUUGCACAACUGAGCCAAAGAACUAAUUCAGCGAUGAACAAAUGCAAGCUGCUGGAUUUGUCUUCAGAUGACGUGGUUGUUGCUGAAGGGUGUUGGCAGACAGAAGAUCUUGAUGCCUUAGUAAAUGGGCUACCUCUAGGACCAAAUGCAGUGAAGAUCUUUAUAGAUGUGGUAUGUCAACCUGAGACAUUUAUCUGGAGGCCUACGAUUGAUGUAACAUACCUUGAUGACUGUCUAAAAACAUUUGUAUCAUGGCCGGUGAACAAAGUCGUCUUUCAAAACACAACAGAUGCAAUAGAGAAGUCUCCACCAUCUGGUCGAGAAUCUCCUAUCCAGAAAAGUCAACGACCUACACUAAUAUCUCCUCUUCGAAGAUCUCCGCGUAAAACGGGAGCUGAGGUCAUCAAAGAAAAUAAAAAACGGAAGUUGAUGGAUAUUAGUGGAAGGAAGCAGAUUGUCGCCGAAGGACGUGUGCAUUCAGUCAACCCAGACAUUAAGGUCCAUUGUGUUCGCUUGGGUUCAAAUAUAGCUAGAGUAUGGGUUGAUAUAGUGAAGAUAGAUGAUGCAGCGGUUUGGAGGCCAUCAGAUGAAAUCGAGUACAUGAGAGAUGCACUUGGUUCAUCUAUUGCAUGGCCAAUGGAUAAGUUGGUCAUCUUUUGAUCGGUUUAAGAAACUGAGGUAUGUAUAUUGUCUUGCUUGUGCUUUAACUUGAUCUGUUGAUGAUAUCACAAAUCUGAUAUAAGAUUGCUUCUUGCAGGGGAAUGAAGUAACUUUGGUCCA